AUGGAGCUGCUCCGCACCAUCGCCGCGCCGCCCGCGGGCGCCAAGGCCGCCGAGCAGCCGGGCCGGGCGGGCGGCGACCCGAAGCGCCGGCGGCCGCCUCCCGCCGAGGAGCCGCCGGCCGCCCCGCAGCCCCGCCACCACGCGGGCGCCGAGCUGUCCCGGGUCGUCGUGGACCCCACGACGGGGCGGCGCUACUGCCGCGGCCGGGUGCUGGGCAAGGGCGGCUUCGCCAAGUGUUACGAGUUGACGGACCUGGCGAGCAACAAGGUCUACGCGGCCAAGAUCAUCCCGCACAGCCGCGUGGCCAAGCCCCACCAGCGGGAGAAGAUCGACAAGGAGAUCGAGCUGCACCGGCUGCUGCACCACAAGCACGUCGUCCAGUUCCACCACCACUUCGAGGACCAGGACAACAUCUACAUCCUGCUCGAGUACUGCAGCCGGCGGUCCAUGGCUCACAUCCUGAAAGCGAGGAAGGUGCUGACGGAGCCCGAAGUCCGGUACUACCUCCGGCAGAUUGUGUCGGGACUGAAGUACCUUCACGAGCAGGAAAUCCUUCACAGGGACCUCAAACUCGGGAACUUUUUCAUUAACGAGGCCAUGGAGCUGAAAGUCGGGGACUUCGGUUUGGCAGCCAGGCUGGAGCCCUUGGAGCACAGAAGGAGAACAAUAUGUGGCACCCCAAACUAUCUCUCCCCCGAAGUCCUCAACAAGCAAGGGCACGGUUGCGAGUCGGACAUCUGGGCGUUAGGCUGUGUCAUGUAUACAAUGCUCCUGGGAAGACCCCCGUUCGAAACCACGAACCUGAAAGAGACAUACAGGUGCAUAAGGGAAGCGCGGUACACCAUGCCGUCCUCCCUGCUGGCCCCCGCGAAGCACUUGAUAGCGAGCAUGUUGUCCAAAAACCCUGAGGACCGGCCCCGUUUGGAUGACAUCCUUCGACACGAGUUCUUUCUGCAGGGCUUCACUCCCGACAGGCUUUCGUCCAGCUGCUGCCACACGGUCCCAGACUUCCACCUGUCCAGCCCCGCGAAGAACUUCUUCAGGAAAGCCGCUGCUGCUCUCUUUGGUGGCAAAAAGGACAAAGCAAGAUACAUCGACACACACAAUAAAGCAUCUAAAGAAGAUGAAGACAUUUACAAGCUCAGGCAUGAUUUGAAAAAGGCUUCAAUAACACAGCAACCCAACAAACACAGGACAGAUGAGGAGCUCCAGCCGCCUCCCGCCUCAGUGGCCGGGUCGGGAACAGCCGGCGUGGAAAACAGGCAGCAGGUUGGAGAUGUGAUUCGAAUGAUCGUCCGAGGGACCCUUGGCAGCUGCAGCAGCAGCAGCGAAUGCCUGGAGGACAGCACCAUGGGGAGCGUGGCAGACACGGUGGCCAGAGUCCUCCGCGGGUGUCUGGAGAACAUGCCGGAGGCCGACUGCACUCCCAGGGAGCAGCUGAGCACCUCCUUCCAGUGGGUCACCAAGUGGGUCGACUACUCCAACAAGUACGGCUUCGGGUACCAGCUCUCCGACCACACGGUGGGCGUCCUCUUCAACAAUGGGGCCCACAUGAGCCUCCUCCCCGACAAGAGGACCGUCCACUACUACGCGGAGCUCGGCCAGUGCUCUGUCUUUACAGCGACCGCUGCCCCUGAGCAGUUCAUCAGCCAAGUGACAGUGCUCAAGUACUUCUCCCACUACAUGGAGGAGAACCUGAUGGACGGCGGAGACCUGCCCAGCGUCACUGACACCUGCAGGCCGCGGCUCUACCUCCUUCAGUGGCUCAAGUCUGACAAGGCCUUAAUGAUGCUCUUCAACGACGGCACCUUCCAGGUGAACUUCUACCACGACCACACGAAGGUGAUCAUCUGCAGCCAGGACGAGGAAUACCUGCUCACCUACAUCAACGAGGACCGGCUCUCCUCCACCUUCCGGCUGACCACGCUGCUGGUGUCGGGCUGCGCGCCAGAGCUGAAGCAGCGGAUGGAGUACGCGCUGAACAUGCUCUUGCAGAGGUGCAACUAG